AAGAAAUUAUUGUAAACAAGUUUGAAUAUUAAGUGUUCGGUGCUAAAAUUGUGGUUUAUGAUUUGUAGUGACAAGUGAAGACGGAGAACGGCUUUACAGUUAGAUGAAACAAUUAAAAUGUACCACAGCGUGCGGUGAAAAAUGAAGUUUGAAAUAAGUGCCAUAAUAUUAUUAAGUUAUUUAGCAGUUGCAUUGUCUAAAUCAUUUGAUAUACAAAAAUUUAAUGAAAAAACUGAAAAUGACAUUGAUAAUGAUAUAAUUGACUUCGAUGAUGAAUAUUCUGUUAAAUAUGAUAAGAAAUAUGAAGUGCUUCCGUGGCAUUCAAGCGAUUUCAACAAAGAUUCAUAUAAGUACACUGUUCUAAGAGAUGUGGACACAGUUAAAGGAACAGACGAUAAAGGAAAUGAAAGAGUUAGAGAAACCGAAAAACAAACUACUGUAAGUCCGUUUAAUGAACCCAUCGAAAUAACGACUGAACUUAGUGCAAUACCGAUAGAAUUACUAAGUACAACUGAAAAUUCUUUUAUUACAAUCGCAGAAAGUUCACCAGAACCUGAUUUAACUGUUAUUCCUUUGGUCACUACAGAAAAAGUUCCAGUAGAUAUUAUAAUAAACCAAACAGUCACCUUACCAGUAUCGACAGAAGUACCUGAAGAUGCAAAUUCGACUACAGUGUUCUAUGAAAUGACAACAAGAGUUAUAAUUACAAAUGAAACAACUCCAGAGACUUAUACGAACAGAAUUACCAAUGAAUCACAAUUUAACUAUACAAUUGAAUCUGUCACAGAAAGUCCAGAUAUAAAAUCUAUUGAAGAGAAUAAAACAGAAGCUGUGGUAAUUAUUAAAAAUGUAACAACUAAAGUACUAAAUAUAACUAGUGAUGUUCAAAAUAGAACAGUUAAUCGAAAAGAUAGAGACAGUAAUGAAGAAGUUCCAAUAUUUACAGAACUGGAUGUUGAAGAUUUGACAGAGGUUCCUGAAGAUUAUUACGAUACUAAGGAUGUUGUUCCAACACCUGCUCCCAAGACAGAUGCUCUUUCAGUUAUAUUUGGUUUUGCAGGGAGUGUUGUUGAGAGCGUAGUGGAAACUGUAGCUGAAAGAGUUGUACCGAAAGGUUUAUACGAUUUAUUUAAAAGAAUGCAAAGACAAAGCGAGUUAUUAGAAGCUGAGAAGUUGAGGAGUCGAGAAGAAAAUGGAGGAAUAGGUCAAUUCACGCGUGGAGUGAUCAAGACAAUAUCCUCAGGUUUGAGUAGACCCCUUAGCCAGCUAAUGGCUGGCGCCAGAGAUAUUGGUUCCUUGGACAGCGACCAUGGCUUCAUCAGUAGCUUGGCUUCUGGCGUAACUAGUGUUGCAAAUGUCGCUAAUUCCAUGGUCGAUGUAUUUAAGGAUAGAGUCCAAGCGAUUUAUCCUGGAACGAUUUGGUGUGGUGAUGGCCAUUCAGCCCAGGCUCGUUCUGGAGAUCUGGGUCUGUUCUUCUUCACCGACACAUGCUGCCGACAGCAUGACGCCUGUAAAAUGUACAUCUCAGCUGGUGAAACUAAGUUCGGUCUCACUAACACAGGACUGUUCACGAGAUCUCACUGCAGUUGCGACGCAAAGUUUCGCGAGUGUCUCCGAAAGACCAAUUCACUCGUGUCAGCGCAGAUCGGUCUCACCUAUUUUAACGUGCUGGGCCCACAGUGCUUCAGGAAAACACACCCUAUCGUCCGCUGUGUGAGACGUACCAGAAUAACAGGCCUCAAGUGUGAAGAAUAUGAAUUGGAUUACACGAAACCGAAAAUGUGGCAAUGGUUUGAUAACGAAACUUAUUAACAACAUUAAAAGCCACGUAAGACAAAUUAUCCCACGCGAACGUGUAUAUAAAAAGGCGUAAUUAAUGAUACUCAAACUGGUUUAACGAGCAAAAUUCAACGUUAUUAGUUAAACUUUAAGAACAUAACUUCAAUCUUAAGCCUUAUUAACUUAUGUAAAUACCAACGAAAAGCCUUUUUAGAUUAAAGAAAUAACUAUAUUCGCAUCUGCUGUAUAGAAUAACUAUGUAAAGUUUUAAUUUUUUUCCAAAAGGUGUUAAAUUUGUGAUAAAAGUAUGGCCUAUGACCAGUGAUUGUAAAUAUGAAAUAUUUCAUGAA